AACCCCUCACUUCCUCUGUUUAUUACGAAAAAAAUAAGACUUAAAAAAAGAGCAGAAGAAGAAAGAAACUCGUAAUAUCAUCUCCAACUAUUCAGGGGAAAUGAUGAUGUACUGUCCCAACCUCCUCACCACUUCUCCAACAACCCCUUCCUAUUUACCAUUUUGCCACUCUACUCGCUCUAUUCCUUCUCAUUUCCGACCAUCUGACAAAAACCCGAAUCUUGUUUCCAUCUUUCGAGCAAAACCCAGAAUAUCUCAUUCCCUUGCGUGCUUUGCAUCAUCUUCAAUGGAGACGACUCCGACUUCGCAGAGCAGCGAAACCAAACCUUUCUCUGUUCUUUUCGUCUGUCUUGGAAACAUUUGUCGGAGCCCAGCAGCUGAAGGUGUCUUUAGAGAUAUCGUGAAGAAGAGAGGUCUCGAUUCCAAAUUCAACAUUGAUUCUGCUGGAACCAUUGAUUAUCACGAGGGUAAUAUGGCGGAUCCGAGAAUGAGAAGUGCUGCGAAACGUCGAGGGAUUGAGAUAACAUCCUUAUCCAGACCGAUUAAGGCAUCUGAUUUCAGGGAAUUUGAUCUCAUUCUUGCUAUGGAUGAACAGAACAAAGAGGACAUAUUGCAGGCUUAUAAUGGAUGGAAAGCCAGAGGCAAUUUCCCGCCCGAUGCUGAUAAAAAGGUUAAGCUAAUGUGUUCGUAUUGCAAGAAACACAAUGACAAGUUUGUUCCUGAUCCAUACUACGGCGGAGCUCAAGGUUUUGAGAAGGUACUGGACUUACUUGAAGAUGCUUGUGAGUCUUUGCUGGACAGUAUCACCGUGGAAAGUUGAUGAUACUGCAAGUUCAGAUUCCCACUUAUGUUGUUACUAUUAUUGAGAUUGGUAGCUUUACACAUAAAACUGAGAAUUCUAUUAUUCUAUUACUACAUUUAUAGACAUCUUAAUAAUGUAAAAGCAUGAGAAAUGAUGUGUAGCUUGAAUCUUUGAUAUUUUUUCUUCUUCUAAACCUUGUUAUUUAACUGUAACAAAUUCUUAAGAAGAUGUUAUUGUUGAUAUUAAAGUAUCAUAGAGGGUGGCA